UCAGUCUAUUUUUGUCGCUGGUCGAGAGAACGUAGGGUCGAUUUAUAAACGGCGGCCCAGGGAUCGGCUUUCAUUUUAAAAGUGAGGCAAUUUUCCGUCUUACGUAACUUAAAGAUUUCGUUGCGAGGGCCGUAAAACGAUGUUCAAACUCGUAUCGAAAGUGGGCGCCGGGCCUCUGAAGGGCGACUUUGGGGCUUUGCUCAAAGCCCUACCGGCCGCCGUUAACGUGCAACAAGGCAGAACUUACGCGGAACACGUUAUACCUGACAGACUGAAGGAUAUGCCUGACAACCCAAACCCGCGUUUCUUCGACAUGGUAGAAUAUUUCUUCCAUAAAGCUUGCGUCCUUGUCGAAGACAAGUUAGUUGAAGACCUGGCAAAAGUUAAAGGAUCCAAAUUGACUUUGGAGCAAAGAAAAGCCAAAGUUAGAGGUAUUCUGACACACAUGGAACAUUGCGACCACAUCAUUGAAGUGGCUUUCCCUAUCAAGAGGGAUAACGGAGAAUAUGAAGUUGUUAAAGGAUAUAGGGCGCAACACAGUACUCAUAGGUUACCUUGUAAAGGAGGUAUGCGUUUUUCGCCCGAUGUGAACAAAGACGAAGUCAAAGCGUUGGCCGCUCUGAUGACUUUCAAAUGCGCCUGUGUGGACGUACCCUUCGGCGGUGGAAAAGCUGGUAUCAAAAUCGACCCCAAGAAAUAUUCAGAGCACGAGCUUGAGAAAAUUACUAGGAGAUUUACUUUGGAAUUGGUCAAGAAAGGAUUUAUUGGACCCAGUAUCGACGUCCCAGCUCCCGACAUGGGUACAGGAGAAAGAGAAAUGUCCUGGUUAGCUGACACCUACUCGAAAACUAUCGGUUACCAAGACAUCAACAGUCACGCUUGCGUCACUGGUAAACCCAUCAACCAGGGUGGUAUCCACGGAAGAGUCUCAGCCACUGGAAGAGGUGUUUUCCAUGGUAUCGAAAACUUCAUCAACGAAGAAUCCUACAUGCAAAUGUGUGGGCUGACGCCUGGCUGGAAAGACAAGACCUUCAUUGUGCAAGGUUUUGGUAACGUUGGUUUGCACACCAUGAGAUAUUUGGACAGGGCCGGUGCCAAAUGUAUAGGUGUUAUUGAAUACGACGGUUCCAUUUAUAAUCCUAAAGGUAUCGACCCUAAGGAGUUGGAAGAAUGGAGGGUGAACAACGGAACAAUAAAUGGUUUUCCAAAUGCUGAAAAAUACGACGGAGAUCUUUUGUAUCAUCCUGUUGAUAUUUUAGUGCCUGCUGCUACCGAGAAAGUUAUCCAUAAAGGAAAUGCCGAUCAGAUUAAAGCCAAAUUGAUUGCUGAGGCUGCCAAUGGUCCAAUCACGCCGGCUGCUGACAAAAUCUUGAUUAAAAACAACGUUUUAGUCAUUCCUGAUUUGUACGUCAACGCUGGUGGUGUUACGGUUUCUUACUUCGAGUGGCUGAAGAACAUCAAUCACGUUUCUUAUGGAAGGCUGACAUUUAAAUAUGAGAAAGAUUCCAAUCAUCAUUUGUUCCAAUCUGUACAAGAAUCUUUGGAACGAAAAUUUGGCGAAAAAAUUCCAAUCACUCCAUCGACAGCCUUCACCAAGAGAAUAGCCGGUGCUUCCGAAAAGGAUAUCGUACAUUCUGGCCUAAACUUUACCAUGGAAAGAUCGGCCAAGGCUAUGCAGGCGACGGCCCAAAUGUACGGACUUGGAUUGGACUUUAGGUCGGCGGCUUACAUCAAUUCAGUACAAAAAAUAUUCCACACGACUAGUACAGCAGGUUUUGCUUAUUGAACCCUUUUUAUAUUUUAAACACUUUUUCAAAUAAUUUUUGAGCAAAAUCAUCUGCCGGAAUCAAAUAUUUUUAUAUUGAAUAAGUACAGAUUUGUAAGCAGCUUUUUUUUAUAUUUUAUAGUUAAUUUUUAAAGAUCCCAUCAGUGUCAGUAUAUUAAUAACACUUUAUACAUUCCUAUAUAAAACGACAAAUUCAGGUAUAUAAGUAUUAAAAUAUAAGUAAGUAAGUAUUUCCACUCUCAUAAGUUCUAUCCAAGCAUUUAUUAUACAGUAAAUCAAUCAACAGAUUCUAAAGAAAAAAUAAUGUAAAUACAUAUUGACAAUAAAUAAAACAUAAAGCAA